UUCUCACUCUCUUUCCGCUAAAAUCUAAGUUGGAAGUAGACGUGCCUAAGGUGUUUGGUUCUUCUCUUGAAGCUAAGGCCCAGAAUCCGGCGACUAGCACCACUAAAUUUAGGCAUCCGACCCCCAAACUAUAAAACCUACAUAGGAAGAUGGCAUCUGUAUCUGAACUCGCUUGUAUUUACUCUGCCCUCAUCCUCCACGACGAUGAAGUCACCGUUACAGUAAGUCCCGCUUAAAAUGGCGCCUUGGCCGGCCUCUUGUGUAGCUAACCAGCCUUACUUGGAACACAGGUUAUUGUCUACUUCUGGGGUAGUGUGUAACUGAGUCUGAGUAAAUAUUAAGUGAUUGUAGUAACGCAAACUAUGUUAUCGCCAUAACUGUCCAAAAUGACAGCUUACAAGCCGUCAAUGUCACUAGCUAACUAGUUAGCGCCACAGACGCCAUGUGUGUCUUCUAGUCUGUAUCUAACAAUGUGCUGUUGCUGUAAGCAUUGCUACGAUAGCCUGUUAGUUAACCCUGGUGCCAUAGUCAGAUAUAUGACAAAUUACUAGCCAACGUUAACUAUUUCAAACAUUCUGCCUACAACAUUACCGUUAUAACUUGGCUAGCUAGCCUAGUAAGCUAACGCCGGUGAAUCACAUGUGAAUGCGAUCAAAGCAGCCAACGUUGGCUAGCAAGUUGGCUUGCUCAGACACUGAACGUUUCCCACCAUUUUUGGCAUUGGCCAACUAGUUACUAACCCGAUCCAAGGCUAACCAACAACAUUCAAAUACUGUUAGUAGUUUUGUCUUCAUGCUUCUACAGUAGAGGUCUGUAAUGUGUAAUCUAUUCAUUUGCAGGAGGACAAGUUGAUGGCUCUCAUCAAGGCUGCCAAUGUGACUAUUGAGCCUUUCUGGCCCAGUCUGUUCUCCAAGGUGAGUCUGAAGCCCUUUUCUCCAUCACCCUACACACAUGCAGGAUUACGUGCAGGGGUGAAUUGAGAAAUACUCUGUGUAGAUUCCGACAUAUCUAUGGUGUAAAGCCUUCCAUCUCUACCAUUUUUUACUAUUUUGUGUGAACCUUGUCUAAUGAUGGUGACGGCACUUAGUUGCUCUCUGUAAACCAUGAUACUCUGACAUGUGGUAGUAAUUGAUGUGUAAAGGCUGCAUCAUGCCUGACCCUAUCCUGUUUCCUGUGUGUGUUACAGGCCCUGGCCAGCGUGGACAUUGGCAGCCUGAUCUGCAACGUGGGUGCAGGUGGGGGAGCUGCCCCUGCUGCUGCUGGAGGCGCCGCCCCUGCGGCCGACGUACCAGGUAACUAAAGGACAGCAGGGUUUCACCCCCUUUACCAAGGCCAUGUGGCUACAGUCCUAGAGGGCCACUGUGUUGUUCACUGGGCCAGGGUUUCACCUGCAGGGCCACCGUAACAUGGUUUCCAUGUGAGCCAGUGCUUACUGUCAGUGAUUUAAAAUCUUACUUCCUGUAACACCCCACAAUGAAGAUUCAGACCUCGGUUUCAAACAUCUCUGGCGUUAGCCAGCACCGGCUAGCCUGGAGAUGGUAGGGUGUGCCAACAUGGCCAUAUUCGUAUCCGGAAAUUGACAGUUGGAUCGGAUGAUGAUACUCAUGAUCGGAAAAAAGUGUUUUAAUAUGCCUAAAUAGAUGUUGACUGAAUACCUCCCUGCAUGUUCUCACUGCAAAAAAAACUGCAGAUUAGGAGCAGCGCGAGGAGGGAUGGGUGUGUCUGUGUCCUCAACUUGCAGCGGGCAUCCCAAGUUUGCUGUCAUUCAGUCAGAAUGCGCAUUAGCGUUUAGUAUUUUUCCCUACCCAUGCCCCACUUUUUAGAUAUUAUGCACAUUGAUAGCAAAUGUCCUCGCCAUGUGAUUUAUCAUAGUAGCAGGCAGCAGCAAUCGAAAUUAUCAGACUGAAAACAUGCGAGAAAGUGAUCGGGUGAAAUUAUGAAGCGAGUGGACGAAGAAAUACAGCUUCUCAAGGGGGCGGCAGGUAGCCUGGUGGGUAGGAGCGUUGGUCCAGUAACCGAAAGGUUGCUGGAUCGAAUCCCUGAGCUGACACGGUCAAAAUCUGUCUUUCUGCCCCUGAGCAAGGCAAACCCACUGUUCCCCAGGCGCCGAAGACGUGGAUGUCGAUUUAAGGCAGCCCCCCGCACCUCUCUGAUUCAGAGGGGUUGGGUUAAAUGCAGAAGACACAUUUCAGUUGAAUGCAUUCAGUUGUACAACUGACUAGAUAUCUCCCUUUCCCUUCUCUAUCCAAUCCGAGUAGCAGGAUCAACGUACAGCCCGCCCUUCUCUUUACAGACAGGAAAACUAGCCAGUUUAGUUAUUUAGACCAAAGUAUGGCUUAGAAAAUCUGAAUGACAUGAGAAAAAACGGAUCAUAAUCAUAUCCAGAAAAUUGCACAUCCAUUACGAUACUAGUUUUAGUCCUGAUUACUCUGCACACCACUAGUAGCAUGGUGUCCACUGCUGCGCUGAUGGUGUGUAUCAGGGCCAGGGUUGACAAACUUCAUAAACUCAGUGUCUGGUGUUUAUCCCUUGCUCUUUGAGCCAGUUUGUCACUAAUGGGUUAGUUUUCACCUAAUUUCUUUGCCUAAUUGGUGAUUUUAAAACAACUUGGAAAUCCGGGAAAAAAAACCUAGGUGAAAUCAUGUCAGUGAUCUUCAGGUUGGAAAGUCGGAGCUCUAGAAAGAUGCCAGAAUUUCCGGCUUGGAAUUCAGAGUUGGAUGACCGUUCAAAACGAUUUUACCCCAGUCGGAGCUCGUUUUGAGUUCCCAGUUGUCUUGAACGCUCGGAAGUCGGGAGAGUUCCCAGUUUUGAAUGCGGCAUGAAUCAGACUUUUUAUUGUAAAAGUUGUCAGUGGUCAUUUGUGAAUGUAAUUAUUGUUCUAAUUUCCAGCUGUAAGGAUAUCUAUUUCACUGUACAUGUACUGAUGCCAUACCUCAUGUACUGGUGCCAUACCUCAUGUACUGGUGCCAUACCUCAUGUACUGGUGCCAUACCUCAUGUACUGAUGCCAUACCUCUUGUACUGAUGCCAUACCUCAUGUACUGGUGCCAUACCUCAUGUACUGGUGCCAUACCUCAUGUACUGAUGCCAUACCUCUUGUUUUCCUGCAUUACAGUCAAGGAGGAGAAGAAAGAGGAGAAGAAGGAAGAGUCUGAGGAGGGUUCCGAUGACGACAUGGGCUUCGGUCUUUUCGACUAAACCAGUUUUUGUAACUAAUAAAAAUCUGAGAAACUGAAAUGGCAAUA